AUGAGUGGAAUUAAUCCUGAUUUUCAGAAAGAACUUUCUCGACGUAGAUUAUCUAUGAAUACAUUAAACGAAUUUUUGAAAUAUGCUAAAAUUGAGCAAGACUUAUAUGAUACUUUUGAAAAAUAUAAUCAAUUAUCAAUCGAACAUAAAUCACCUAAUAUUACUAUUAAUCAUCAGCAAGUUCCUUCAUUUACAGCUAUGAUUAAUCGACCGCAACAAAAUUAUCAUUAUAAAAAAAGAAAUGAUUAUUUACAUCCUUUAUCAAGUCAGAGCUCUGUCUUUCAACAGAACUCGAUUCGCCAACCUGAAUCUCGGUCAACAUUUAUAUCUAGACCACCAAUACAAAUUAAUUCACGACAAAAAUUAUUUAAUAAACAACAUAUUAAUACUCAAUUUACAUCCCAACAACAAUUUGAUAAUUGCAAAAUUUGUGGUCGAAAAAAUCAUCGAACCGUUGAUUGUUUUUACAAACGUACAACCGGAUGUUACAAAUGUGGUCAAAACCACUAUCCAUCAACAAUAACAUCCUUUCCAGUUUACAUCAAGAUUCGUGUUAAUGAUCAACCAACGGAAGCAAUUGUUGAUACAGGAUCCGCCAUCUCAAUCAUUCAUUUAAAUUUUCUUAAAACUAUUCAUCACAAAAAUUUUAUUUAUAAAAAUCAUACAUGUCAAACAGCAAAUUCAACACCACUUAAUAUAAUCGGUCAAAUUAAAUUAGAAAUAAAAAUCAAAUCAAUAACAACUUAUGUUGUUGCUCGUGUUGCAACAAAUUUAAUUACAUCAAUAUUAUUAGGAAAUGAUUGGAUUGAUUCGAAUCAUGUUCACCUUUAUGGUGACCAGAAACAAUUAACUAUUUCUGAUCAACAUGAUCAAUUAAUUUCAAUUCCAUAUGUGGAACCAACAUGUAUUAAUUAUCCGGCAUUAUUAGUUCAACAAAUUACUCUUCCACCAUAUUCACAAAAGUUAGUUGAUAUUACGUGUCAAGUUACUAACGCUAAUAAUCUUAUNCAAUAUUUAUUAUAUAUUUAA